AUGAAGCAGAUCAUCAAGACCGAAAAGCUUAAGGUUGUCGAAGGUGUUAAAAUCACAGUAAGAGCCCGCAAAGUUACUGUAGAAGGCCCAAGAGGAACUCUCUCAAGGGAUUUCAAACACCUCGCCUUAGAUAUCCAAGUUUUAGAUGAUGGAAAGAUUGUCAAGGUAGACUGCUGGUUUUCCGACAGAAAACAAGCCGCUUGCGUUAGAAGUGUGCUCUCAGCUAUCGAAAACCUCAUGAUUGGAGUCGUGAAAGGAUUUGAGUAUCAUAUGAGAUUGGUCUAUGCUCACUUCCCUAUUAAUGUCCACAUACCUAAUGAUCACAAAUCUAUUGAAAUCAGAAACUACAUUGGAGAAAGACAAGUCAGAAGAAUUGCCAUGUUGAAUGGAGUGCUCAUUGAAAAAAGCGACGCAAUGAAAGACGAGCUCAUUUUAAGAGGAAACGAUUUGGAGCUCGUGUCUAUGUCUGCAGCACUUAUUCAACAGUCCUGCUCAGUCAAGAAUAAGGAUGUCAGAAAGUUCCUUGACGGGAUUUAUGUGAGUGAAAGAACAAAUAUCGUUAAAGAAUAA